CAAAAACCCUUGUUGUUUGAUUCUUGUUCUGCUUGUGGUUGUGGUGUCUCUCUCUUGUGGUCUGGAGAUGAACCAUGGAAAUGAAGAAUACAUAUCAGCAGUGGGUGAUCCAGGGAUGAGAAGAGAUGGGUUGAGAUUGGCAAUAGAGGCAUGGAAUCAGUGCAAUGAGGUUGGAGAUGAAGCUCCUAACAUGGGCAGCCCAAGAGCUGCUGAUUGCUUUGAUGUUUAUAGAGCUUUUCCAGAGUUAAAAAGGUUAAAAAACAACUGCUCCCUCUGCAGUUCAAUUCCAUACAUGUUAAUCCACAGGGUAACAGAGGAAGACAACAACCUUGGUGUGGGAAAACCUUUUCUUGGAGGACAACCAGAGGAAUUUCUCAAUGUAGACCUUUAUGCAGCAGGAAAAGAACUAUACUUGGGCUCCAAAUGCCAAGUUCAAGACACACCAAAUCCAUGGCAAUUCUGGAUGAUCAUGCUGAAGAAUGGCAACAUGGACACUUCCGCCGCCAAGUGCCCGAAAAAUGGCAAGAAAGUCAGGCCAUACGGGCCUGACAAUCGGUUUCCUUGCUUCGGAACAGGGUGCAUGAACCAGCCAUUGAUUUAUCACAACUACACAACCUUACAAGGGCCUAAUAGGACUACACUUAAGGGAAAGUUUUUUGGGUCAUGGGACUUGGAUGCUGAUUUAAGUGAAGGAAUGGUAGUGAACAUUUCUUACUAUUCUGUGGCUUGGGAGAAACAACUUGGAAGAGGUAGUUGGGUAUUCCACCAUGUCUUGAAGACUUCUAUUAAGUAUCCAUGGUUGAUGCUUUACUUGAGAUCAGAUGCCACAACUGGGUUUUCUGGUGGAAAGAAUUCAGAAAUGAGUGCAGUCACUUUGUGGCUGGCAUAUGACAAGCAUGCUUAUGAUGCUCGGACAGCAAAAACACCGAGCGAAGCUGUUUUGUUUGCUCAACAAGAAGGCUGUGAUGAUAUUUAACUAGUAUUGCAGAUGGGAAGACUGAAGAGUAUUUGCAGAAAUUUAGAUACUCUCUCAAGUGAUGUGUGUACGCAGAAUGGAGAAUUGAUCGGCACAUGAAUUAUCAAGACAUGCUCGCUUUGUUUGUGAUCCUAUUGUUGGUAGGAGGAAGUACUGGACUUUUUAUCGUUUCU